AAACAUAUCCGCCUUUUCUGCGGCCAUUUCAUGAUCUGCGACCAGCAGAAUGGAACGUCUUUUCCAUUGUAUGAGCUGCUGCCAUGGUAACGGGAAGGAAAUGUUUUCAGUGGAACGGAUGUGAAGGCGGAGUCUAGUCUAGUCGGGACUUUAGGCAGAGUUGAAAUAUAACCGUCCGUUACCUCCCUAAUCUACAAUUCAACAGACUAGGAAUAAACAUCUCAUCUGGUUCACUUGGUCUGAACUCUGCAAACGACCGACCGUAAACGAGUGUCUACAAUGAAUCAGGAAACACUCUCCCUCCAACCCUCCUCCCCCCUACCCCUCCCGGAGUCCCCGGGUCGUACCUCUCCUGGUAACACCUUACUGCUGGGUCUGAAGAGGGUGUCUGUGCGGUUGGUCGACUGCAGGAAAACACCGGCGCUAAGGGACAGUCCUAACUGUCACUCUCUCAGUAGAAGGGGCUUGUCAACUUGGGAGGCUGAUGCUGAGGAGGCAGAGAAAAGUCUCUCCAGAUCAGAACACCUCAAACACCAGCAGAGACCCACGAGGAAGAAACCUCACUGCUGCUCUGACUGUGGGAAGAGUUACACCUCUAAAGUAAACCUUAGAGGACACCAGAGAAUUCAUACUGGAGAGAAACCUCACUGCUGCUCCCAGUGUGGAGCUAGCCUCUCCUCUGCCAGUGCACUGGAAGGACACAUGCGGAUUCACACUGGAGAAAAACCAUACCAGUGCUCAGAAUGUGGGCAGAGAUUUAAAGACUGCAGUGGUUUACGGUUACAUGAGAGAAUAAAACACACCGGCGAAAAACCCCACUGCUGCUCUGACUGCGGGAAGAGAUUUGUUACAUCGCAACGCUUAAAAGCUCACCAGCGGAUUCACACUGGAGAGAGACCGUUCCAUUGCUCUGAGUGUGGGAAGAGUUUCAAACAAGCCUCAGCACUGUCUGAACACAAACAAAUACACACAGGAGAGAAGCCUCACCACUGUGAGCAGUGCGGUGGAAGCUAUUCCUCAGCUAAGUUACUCAGAAUACAUCAGAGGAUUCACACAGGGGAGAAACCUUACCAAUGCACUGACUGUGGGAAAAACUUCAGAUUUUUAUCUUCUUUAAGACGUCACCAGCUAAGACAUACUGGAGAGAAGCCCCACCAAUGUACUGAGUGUGGGAAGAGGUUUGCUGUUAAGACUGGACUCUUGCGACAUAACAUAGUGCACACUGGAGAGAAAGGAUACCAAUGUCCACAGUGUGGCAAGAAGCUAGGAUCAUCUAAUUCUCUAGAGCAGCAUAAGCGAACACACACUGGACAGAAACCCUUCCACUGUUCCCACUGUAAAUUAAGCUUUGCCACUAAUUCAGCCCUGUACAAACACCAGAUAAUUCACACAGGUGAGAAACCACACAGCUGCAAUGUUUGCCAGAGGAGAUUUGGAAGGUCCGAUCACCUGAAAAUUCACAUGCAAAUUCACACAGGAGAAAAGCCAUACCACUGCUCUAAGUGCGAGCUGAGUUUCACUAACAUCAGAUCUCUGAAAGAACAUGAGGUCAGACACACAGAAGAUAAACCUCACUGCUGCUCUCAAUGCGGUGCUAGUCUCUCCUCUGCCAGGGCACUGGAAGGACACAUGCGGAUUCACACUGGAGAGAAACCGUACGAGUGCUCUGAAUGUGGGCAGAGGUUUGCACAUAGAACCGGUCUUGGGACACACCGAAGAAUACACACAGGAGAGAAACCCUAUGAGUGCUCUGACUGCAAGAAGAGCUUUCCAAGACUUGGCUCAUUAAAAAAUCACAAGUUCACACAUUCAGAGAAGAAGAUGUACCACUGCUCCCAGUGUGAGUCGAGCUGCACAACGCCAGAUGCAUUGAAGAAACACCAGCUUAUACACACUGGAGAGAAGCCUUACCACUGCUCCCACUGUGACAAGAGCUUCCUUCGGCAACAGUCUCUCAAAGGACACGAGCAUAGUCACAAGGGAGAGAAACCGUUCUCUUGCUCAGACUGCGGGAACAACUUUGCCACAAUGGCAACCUUGCGAAUUCACCAGCGAAGACACACAGGAGAGAGGCCAUACCAAUGCCCUUUCCCUGACUGUGGGAAGAGUUUUGCCCAGGCCAGCGCCUUGAAAGUUCACAAGAGAAGGCACACAGGAGAGAAGCCGCACCACUGUGAUCAGUGUGGGAUGAGUUUUGUCACGUCAGGUGACUUGCAAACUCACUCCAAAAGAAGCCAUACUGCUGCACAGCCUGUGGACUCAGUUUUUCUAGAUCUGAUUACUUAAAGAUUCACCAGAGAGUCCACACAGGAGAGAGGCCAUACAGCUGCUCAGAGUGUGACAAGAGAUACACUUUGAAGAGUCACCUUACAAGACACCAGCAGAGACACACAGGAGAGAAACCUCACUACUGCGCAGAGUGCAGCAAGAGCUUCAAGUGUUUUAUGGACCUGAGAUGCCACGUUCAGCGCAAACAUAGUGGGACACCCUACCACUGCACCCUCUGAGCGCAGCUUCAGCUGCCCUCAGCAUCUGAAGUACCACCAGAUGACACACACGGGAGAGAAACCAUUCAUAUGCACCGACUGCGGGAAUUCCCUCAGGCCGUGGUUUUGACGUACCACAGGAGGAUUCACACCGGAGAGAAACCUCACAGCUGUGAUUAGUGUGACGAGAGUUUCAGUAAAAGGAGCAGUCUGCAAUCACACCAGCGGACACAAUACAGAAGAGAAGCCUUACAGCUGUGAUGAAUGUGGGAAGAGAUUCACUAAUUCAGGAACUCUAGUUUCGCACAAGAGAAUGCACACCUGAGAGAAACCUUACCACACACAGGAGUGAGGCCUAAUGGCUGUGCACAAGAGAACACACACUGAUAGAUAUGCCUGGAUCAAAUAUGUAAUUUUGUAAAUGAUGGAACACAUUUUAUAGAAUGAGCAUCAUGUAACAACUGUGAAACAUGAAACACUUCUAGGUUGUCCUUGACAAUUCCCACAACUGAAACCACACAGGCUUUCACUCAGUGUUGUGGAUUUGACCAAAACCCAUAGUUUUUAAUUUUAGGCUAAAACGUGACUCUUUGUCCCUCAGCACCAGAGAG